AUGGCCUCCUCUGAACUCUUGAAACAGAUUCAGGCGGGCAGACAACUCAAGAAAGCGCAAACAAGUGACCGCAGUGCGCCUGUGAUUGAUGCGAAGCCAAGCGGGGGCGGGGGCGGUAUCGGGGCUGCUGCUGCUGCACGAGCAGGAGGCGCAUCGUCCGCAAUCGGUGCUGGCGGUCCCCCUCAAUUAGGUGGGUUGUUUGCAGGAGGUAUGCCCAAGUUGAAGCCUGCAGGACAAAGCAACUUAGGUAUGCCGUCCGCACCCGCACCCCAUUCUGCGGUUCCCGCGCCCCCCGGUCGGCAUGCGCCAUCACUGCCAUCACGCUCUGCUCCUGCUCUGCCUUCACGAGCUGCACCAACUUUGCCUUCAAGAAAUACGCCCACCCCUCCCAAUGGUGCUCCUCCUCCGCCACGCCGACCGCCUCCCGCAAGAACAGCUUCCCCUGCCCCCCCUGCAGCUCCCCCAACACCCCCUGCCCGCCCGCCACCACCACCUUUCCGAACCGCCUCUCCACCCGCCCGUACUGCCUCUUCGCCUGCACGUCAUACUUCUUCGCUUGUUCGUCCUCCAUCCCCGCCGGCUCCACCAUCUACGACAUCUCGUUCUCCUCCAAUUCCACCUGCAAGGAAAGUCCCUCCUCCCCCUCCAGCCAGACCCUUGUCGGCGGCUGGAUCUCCGUCUCGAGCAGCCCCCCUUCCACCCUCUCGUAAACUUCCUGCAACAGAUGGUCUACCUGCUCCUCCAGCUCGUGUCCGAGCUUUAUCGGAAGUUGACUCCCCUGCACCGCCUACACCUACAUCUCGACCUUCACCCUUCCGUCCAGUGCCGCCCGCAUCUGUUCCUCGACUGCAUACCGUUUCAACGCCAGCAUCUGCUGAUCCUGACCCUCCCGCUUUACCUGCUGGACGGCCCAGCAUCAACGGCAGUGUGAAUGGAUCAAGGGCACCUCCAACUCGCAAAAUACCUUCGCCCCCUCCAAAUGCUGGCGCACAUACGUUUCCUGUGACUGACUUCCCUCAGCCACGUCCUUUUGUCGCAGGGGUGAGGCACUAUGGUGGCGGUCGAACAGCUGGCAGUAACUUCGACCUGUCCAAUUUGUAG